AUACUUAUUAAAUACGUCCGGAUCCUGAACUGCUCCCGUACUCUUUUAUUUCCCCCAAUAUUACUUAUAAAUAGGCCUUUCCCUGAUCUAAAACCACCAUAAAAAGGAGACCCAGAAGCCCUUUUCCUUCCCUUUCCCAAUUUAGUCUCUUUGGAGUUUGGGUUAUGGAGGAUUUCAGAUCCAAAUCCUGCAGAGAAGGCAGAAUGCAGAUUGAAAGCUACACAGAGAACAAGGCUGCCCCAACAAAUAUGCAAGAUCUGAGGUCUUACAGUGUCAGCUAUACAGGUUCUGUGCAAAAUCAAUCGAACAAAGAGGUAAAGAUGAAGAAAGGCAAAAGCAAUAUUGGGUCUUCUUCUAAAAGCUGGAGCUUCAAGGACCCAGAAUUGCAGAGGAAAACGAGGGUCGCUGGAUAUAAGGUUUAUGCAGUGGAAGGGAAGAUGAAAGGGUCUCUGAGAAAGAGUUUCAGAUGGAUCAAGAACACAUACACUCAAGUAGUGUACGGAUGGAGGUGAUGUAUUAUAGCAAUUUGUUGUGUGUUUCUUGUUUGGAUCUUGAAUUUCCUCAAUAUGUAAACUAUGUGAGUCUUCUUCAGUCGAUCUUCUUGAGUUCCUGAAGAAAAAAAAACAUGAAAGUUUGAGUCUUUCAUAUGCUUUUUUACUCUGUUUA